AUGACUGUUGCCACUUCGCCAGCGACAGUCACAGCUCCCACUGGACUGCCAAGUAAAGCAAACGACAUUCUGAUCGCGCAAGUACCAUCAUAUGUUGACGCCAUCUUGAAUCCAUCAGACUCAACAUUUGAUCGUUUGGAGUGUCCGCAGCCAAACCUUGACCGUUACACUUACCUCAAACACCAAACAAAUCAAACCGAAAUCUUGCAGCAUCCCAGGUUUUUCUUCGCGCUCGAUCUACAUCAGUGUAUCCAAAUACUCCCGCGACUACUCAGUUCAGUCGUAGAAGCAAUAAAAUUCCUCGGCCCAGAGAACUGCGUGCUCUCCAUCGUAGAAGGCCGCUCCGAUGACGGCACAUUCGAAGUCCUCGACGAGCUUCGCUCCAACUUACACGCCCUCGGCGUGACUUACUUCUUCCAAACAAGCGACAUAAAUCCCGUUGCUCCCGGACGAGACCGCAUCGAAGCCCUCGCAGACCUGCGCAACCUCGCCCUACAAGAUCUCCUCGACCACCCGGCGCACUACGAGCCCGACACCACGGUCAUAUUCCUCAAUGACAUCGCGCUGUGCAUGGAAGACAUUCUAGAACUCCUCCACCAGCGGCACCAACAAGGCGCCGACCAGACGUGUGCCAUGGACUGGACGUAUGUGGGCGACAACCCAACAUUCUACGACGUCUGGAUUGCGCGCGGCAUGACGGGCGAUCUGUUCUUCAACAUCCCCGAGGACGGGAGCUGGGAUUAUGCCUGGAACCUCUUCUGGAACGACGGAAAGGCGCGCGCGCGGCUCGCUGCUAUGAAACCAUUCCAGGUGUUUGCGUGCUGGAAUGGUGUCACUGCGUUCACUGCGAAGCCGCUGUUAGACGGUCGAAUUAAGUUCAGGGCGCAUGGACCGGGCGAGUGCUUCCAGGGAGAACCGAAAUUGUUUGCGAAGGAUAUGUGGGCGAAUGGAUUUGGCAAGAUUGCUGUGGUGCCGAGUGUGAAUGUGGAGUAUAGUGAUGAGGCGGCGAAGAAGAUCAAGGCACUCAAAGGGUAUGUGGCGAGACAUAUUGCGAAUGAAGGAGACGAUUGGAGGAUCGAGUGGGAGACGAAACCACCGGAGAAGGUGAAGUUUGUCAUCCAACAGCCAUGUAUUCGCCUCUUUCUCGAGAACAUCCUCGAUCCGCAAAUUGUUGCGCUCUAA